UUGAGAAUGCAGAAGAUGUCACCUCUCCUGGCCCUGGGGCUGCUGGGGGCUGUUGUCGUGGGCCACUCGAGCAGCAUACUCAGAGGGGAAGAUCAGGCCCACGAGAAUGAGACCCAUGUGGAUAGCCUCAGGAUGGCCUCCAGCAAUGCUGACUUCGCCUUCAGCCUCUACAAGCAGUUGGCUUUGAAGACCCCCGACAAGAAUGUCAUCUUCUCACCCCUGAGCAUCUCCAUGGCCUUGGCCUUCGUGUCCAUAGGGGCCCGUGGCACCACCCUGACAGAGAUUCUCGAAGGCCUCAAGUUCAACCUCACAGAGACCCCAGAGGCUGAAAUCCAUCAGGGCUUCCAGCACCUUCUGCGUACCCUCAAGCGGCCUGGUGAGCAGCUGCAGCUGAGCACGAGCAAUGCCAUGUUCGUGGAGCAGCAUCUGAAUGUGCUGGAGAAGUUCAGGGAGGAGGCCCAGGCGCUGUACGGGGCCGAGGCCUUCAACGCCACCUUCCAAGACACUGCCACCGCCGAGCAGCUCAUCAACAGUUACGUGGAAAAGAAGACCCAGGGGAAGAUUGCGGACUUGGUCAGCGGCCUUGACCCACAAACAGUGAUGGUCCUGGUGAAUUACAUCUUCUUUAAAGCCAAAUGGCAGCAUCCCUUUGAUCCUCAAGACACAUACAAGUCAAAGUUUCAUGUGAGCAAAGGAAAGUCCGUGAACGUGCCCAUGAUGAACAUUGAGGACCUGGACACACCUUACUUCCGGGAUGAGGAGCUCUCCUGCACCGUGGUGGAACUGAAAUACACUGGUAAUGCGAGUGCACUCUUCAUCCUCCCUGAUGAAGGCAAAAUGAAGGACGUGGAAGCCAUGUUGUUCCCAGAGACACUGAGGCGGUGGAGAGAGUCACUGCAGACCAGACGGAUAGAUGAACUCUACCUGCCCAAGUUCUCCAUCUCCAGCAACUACAAUCUGGAAGACGUACUUCCCCAGCUGGGCAUGAGGGAAGUCUUCAACAAGCAGGCUGACCUGUCAGGAAUCACAGGGGCCAAGAAUGUGAUGGUUUCCCAGGUGGUCCACAAGGCUCUGAUUGAUGUGAGUGAGGUGGGCACAGAAGCAGCUGCUGCCACAGGAGUGAAAAUCACCCUCUUAUCUGGAAGAAUCGACCCACUGAUUGUGCGUUACAAUAGACCUUUCCUGGCGGUCAUCAUCUCUGGAGACGAAGGGUUCAUCCUCUUUAUCAGCAAAAUCUUCAACCCUAAGGAAGUGUAA